CCCUUGUCUUUUCCAGAACACCACCAUCUCUAAACCUUGAGUUCGUAAUCGGGGAAAAGCUAAACUCCGUUGCCGGUGAUGAUUUAGUUUACUCGCCAACAGGCAUCCCCUCAGCAAAUCAUCAACCUCAGUAAUAUCGCAGCCAGCACCAUCGCACAAUGUCUACUACCCAAACAUCCACAGCCAACGCUCGUGACAGUCAUCUACGGCUUCGACCCGAAUCUUCUGUUGAGGAUGCAUUGCAAGAUUACAAGAUCCAUCACUCAUCGCAUCAACUUUCGUCGUCGGAUGAACAGCAGAGCAGCGGUGGCCAUAUCGUGAUUGUCGCGGGGAUCCCUCGAGAAGCCCAACCGAGCGAUUUUGAUUCCUCUCUAGCUCCACAUCCCACAGUUCCAUAUCCAGUAUCGAACCCAGGGUGGUGGACCGACACUUUCAGGCGCGUUCCUGACUAUAGACCUAUCAACCAGCAUCUGGAUCUCAAUGAGAGACGGCAGAUGCUCUUGUUUACGGUCGUUGGUGGCAUUAUGGUUAGAGGAUGCUGGCUUAUGUCGAUUUGGGCACAGGCAUGGAGGAACACUGCUGGAAGGGUAACGGACAUUGGUCUCUCAAAGGUCGGAGGAGAGUGGUAGACACCUCUGUUGAACCACGGUCAACACUGAGACUGAUGGAGGAGUCGGG